AUGAUUGUAUAAUUAGUUAUCUAUCUUAUAGUUAUGUGAUGAUGAAUAAUAAAAAUAGAAAUAUCAGAGAAAUAAUAAUAGUUAAGAUUAGUUAAAGUAAAUUACUGAAAUUGUGAUUAAAAAAUAACAAGAAUUUUUAGGAUUAGAAAAACAAUUAUAGAAGUAUGAAUCAGAAGUUAGACAGAAUAUUAGAGUAUAAAUUAUAAUGACAAUAUUAGGAUUAAUAUUUAAUGCAAUAACAAUGUGAUGAUUUAAAAUCUAGAAUUGAUGAAUUAGAGAGUAGUAGAAAUGAAUUUUUAAAUAAUACAAAGAAUAUCAUUAUUGUAAAUCUUAUUUUAUUAUGUAUAUAGAAAUUUAAAAGAGAGAAUGAAGAAUUAUAUUAGAAAUGUAAAUCCUUAACUGCUUAAUUAUAAAAAAUUGAUAAUUAGGUAUAAAAAAGUUAUAAUUAAAUUUAGUCAAUUAGUAAAUAUUCAACUAUAGAUAAUACUAUAAUGACAAAUCUGACAAAUAUAGUCGAUUAGAAAAAACCAACUAAGAAAACUAAUACAACUCCUUAAAAACUAAAAACUGAUUUCGAUGUAUCAGAAAAACGAUUAAGUUAACCAAUAUUUAAGCCCAAUUAUUUUUAAAAGAAAUAAUCUAUACAAAUUUCUAUAUAAAAUAAAAAAAAGUCAUUUUAAUAGUUAGAAAACUAUUUGAAUGUAACUACAAGUAUGUGA